AGUGUGCGUAACGGCAGCAUUCAAUAGCUGUAAAGCGACAAGAACGCAAUACAAUUUCGUAGAGCGCUGCAGCAGAUUGAUUGAGAAAGAAAAAAACAGUUUCUAGUUAUGUCGCAAAGUUGUUCGGAAGAAGCCCACGGGGGCCCUUCAACGGCAGCAUUAGAGGAUACAUCCAUUUCUGAAACAGCUACAACACAGGCUCCACCGCCGCAGCUCUCCUCACCACCUCUGACUGCCACCGAGGGUCGCUCUUCAGCACCUACUGAGGACUUAGGAAACGCCGGGAACGCAAGGCAAACACCCGCUCGCCUGGAAAGCACACCGCACGACGGGCCCACAUAUGGCGAUGAAGGAGAGUCUCCACCUCCGAAAGCCCCCGUUCGCGCGAAGCUGGUCGAAAUCAAGCCUGUCAUCUCACCCGUCGCCACCGCCACAGCGCAUGCGGAUCCGGCUGGCGCGCUGUCAUCCGGUGUGGUGACUGCGCACACAAUAUCGUCCGAAGAGUGUGUGGCGGUGCAGGGCAAGGUGGUGCGUACCUCUGCUGAGCCGCGCGCUGCCGACGACCUUCCCAUCACCCGGGGACGUGUUGUAUCCCCGCAAGGCGCCACUCCCGCUUUCGUUCCUGCCGCGUCACAGCAGCCGCAACCGACACACACCGGCGUGCAACUGUCCGAAAUCCAAGCGCAUCUGAGGCGGAUGCGCGAGCAGAACGAAAGCAAAGGUCUAAUGGCGCGCUACGUCUUGCAAAACGCCAUCCGCGGUGACCACAGCCAGGCGUCAUCAUCUUCGUCACGACGUCAACGUGGUCUGGUAGAGAUGAUACAAGGAGUUCCGCGACUCCGCUUCAAGAACCAGCAGGUGUACAAGCGCAAGAUUAUCUUGCUAGGCUACCAGGAGGUCGGCAAGACGUCGUUGCGCAAGUGUUUUGAGUCAGAGCCUUUCUUUUUUCGAAAUCUUCCGGAAGUGCGCACCACGACCGGUGUGGAGGUGCAGGAGAAGCGCAUGUCCAUCGAUGGCGAUUCGGUUGACAUAAUCUUGUCUGAUUUUGCCGGACAGGAGUCGUACCACUCUCACACGUAUUUUCUGACGGAGCGCUCUAUCUUCGUGCUUGUGUGGAAGCUGUCGGCGAUUGAGCAGGACUUUCAGAGCAGUGGCAUUAACGCACGAGAGGAGGAGCGACUGCAGCGCUGGAUUGCGGAGGUUUUCGCCAAGUUUCCAUGUGCGCGCAUCGUACUCGUGGCCACACACCUGGACGAGCUUCGCGUUCAGGGCCAGCGUAGCGUAGAGAUGAUCUUGAACAAGGUAGAGGUGAAGCUGCGGUCGUACAUCGACGAGCUCAUCGCCGCGUCGAACAUGACUGCCGCUCCAAUCGUAGCAAGCAGCUCCGGCAGCGCCACCCCACCGCAUCCAUUUCCCGCCAAGGCGGCUGGGGGGCCGUCGAAGCAGCAAACUUCGGUGCUGUGCAGCCGUGACCCACGCCGCGUCAUCGUCGGCAACUUCGCCGUCUCAUGCAAGACGCGUCUCAUCAUCGCCGCGGGCAACUCGCUUCGGCAGCUUUCGGGCGAGAAGAUCAGCGGGCUACUGCGCUACCUGGGAACCGUGGCAAAGGAGGACUGCGUGACGGAUCGCGAGUAUCCUGCGGCGGCGGUGCCGGGGCGGCACGCGAAGCUGUUGGAGGACAUUGAGGAAGUGAAGCGACGCCACCCGACGAAGCUGCUCUUGCGGAUAGGCGAGUUGGUACAGAUGGCCGUGAACGUCGGCAUCGACUCCGAGGUGGAGCUGCUCCAGGUGGCGCGUCUCAUGCACAGCUGGGAUGUGAUUUACCUCUUCAACCAGUACUCCCUCGAGGGCAACCCGCUCAUUGUCCUCUACCCCCGCUGGCUCAAUCGCAUGGCCGCCUCGCUGUUCUCGUACGCGCAUCUGCUGCGCACGCCGCUGCACCUGCGCAGUAUGAUCGGUGGUCUGGAGUACGUGGUGAGCAACGCGGAAGCGGCGGACAUGAGUCUCAUACGAAAAGGCUAUCUUCGCUGGCCGCUGGCCCGCGUCCUUUUCCACAAGCCUCUCGCAGACUUUCUGCGGCGGCCGCCCGACGAUGCCGACAUUGCCAUGUGUCUCGAGUUGCUGGAGGCGAUGCAGCUCAUCUACCCGGUCGAGGUGGAGAGCGAUGAGUUCGACGUCCUCGCAGAGGAGGCGCCGGUAGACCCCAGCGUGGGCCGCCCUGUGGUCCUGUCCGAGAAGCUCACGCGGUACUACGUGCCUUCGCUGGCGCCGUUAGACACGCCACAGACGCUGAAGAGACUCGCACCCGUUCUCUUUCACCGCGGCGUGCGUGUGCGAUUUGAGUUUAACCUGCUCCCCGAUGAGCUGUGGUGGCGCCUGCAGUGCAAACUGCAUCGCUUCCUGAAGCUGGUCACGGUGUAUCAGCCCGCGCUGGGCGGGACGGAGGACGAGGAUGUGCUGUUGGGCGGGUAUCGACUGCGGGAGGCAGACGAGGAGCACAACCGCUGGAAGGACUCUCUGUGGCUCAUGGGGCAGGCGUGCCGCGUUCUUGUCUACCGUGACGGCCUCAACGCUGUGUCGGUGCUAUCGGCAGAGAACACGCCGCGUGGCUCGGAGGAGGUGCUACAGGCCGUCGAAGAAGCCCUUCUGGGGCUGCUGUGCGAGUACAAGGGCCUGCAGCGGCGCACCUACGUGGCAUGUCCGAAUCAAGAAUGCGGCGGCUGGCUGGAGGCGGACGUGGUGGCGUCGUGUGUCAGCAUCACCUGCCCAACCUGUAGGAAGACAUUUGAGAGUAAGGACGUCGUUUCAUCGGGUGUAGGGCCACUUGGCGCGCCGCGCUUCUCGCAGUCCUUGCUGGUAGAGGCAGGGGAGUUGCUGGCCUUCUGCUUGUCGCAUCGAUCUUGCCUUCACAUGUGCCGCUACUUGGGAAUUCCGUACAAGGGUCCGUCUCCGCAGCGUGCCGACUCUGCAGAAGCAGACGCGGCGGAGGCAGCAGAGACAGAAGACGGCGCUGGGCGCACGGAUGCGCUGGGCACGCAUGUGGAGUAUCUGCAUGCUUUGGAUAAAGUGGUGCAGGCCGAGCUCUUUCGCUCCUGGGUGCAGCGCGCAGAGGAACAGGAGCGCCGCCGUCGCAUGUUAGAAGAUGAGCCGACGCCAGCCUUCUUUUAG